ACUUUCACUUGCCCUGUUAAAAGGGUCAUGGUGACUGGACUGCCCCCAGAUUAUGAGUUCCUGUGUAAUUUAUUGUGAACACGUUUUUUUCAUUAAUUAAAAUACAAGCAUUUGUGAGGGGAAAGAUGAUAAGAAUAUUUGAUUGGGGCUCUUUAAAACGACUGUUAAUCUUAUGCCACAAAAUCCGUCCGUUAUGUUGAACUUUGACUUUGUGAAACUUUGGUUUUAUCAUCAUCGUUAUUAUUAUUUUCAUGUGCUUUUUCUAGUAUGGAUAGGGUAGUGCAUUUGAAGAUGGUUAGUUUUAGAACGUGGGUGAAUGUUACAUGAUGUUAUAGUUUUUUUUUUUAAAACUCGAAUAUAUACACUUUUUUUUUGUUGACGUAUUAUGAUUUAAAUGCAUUUUAUUCUGCCUUGUGGUUUUGAAAAAAUUUCACUGCCUUGCAUUCUGUCCUUAUGAAGAUUUUCAAGCUUACUAUUUGUGGUGAUGUGAGAAUAAAGAAUUGAAAUGUGGGGGAUUUCACAAUACGUCAUGGUGGUAUUAAAAGUGAAUUCAUGUUAUUUGUCUAAGAAUGUUAGCUCCAAAAAUGUUGGAGACUUUCUACAGAACUUUUCUCCAGCAUUUUCAAGUAUCCAAGCUCAAGAUGCUCUUAGAAUAAAAUUUUAAAUUGUGAAAUUAUGGUGUUACAUCUUUAUUACUAUUCUAAAUAUUUCAGAAUUUUAAGUUGAUAGUAUUUAAAGGAUAAUUAGCGAUAUAUUUAUUAGAUAAUUUAGUAAAUAUGAUUGGAAGUCUUUCGAAUAAACUUGAAUCCACAAAGUCAAAAAAUAUGGAAAGAAAAAAUUUGUUUUUCAUCUUAUUUUGUGUGAUUAAUGUACUGAAUUUAAGAUUUUGUGAUACUAAACAUCUCAUCCAUAAUUCCAAAGAGGUUUAUGUUAUACGUUAUUUUGAAAAUCAGAAAAUCACACCAGUUACUGUGGAGUUAGAUUUAAAGCAACAAACCGAACAUGUUACAAGCUAUGAUCAAAAUGAAGGCUGGAAAUCAGUGACAUUUUACGACUUUUCAAAGAAAAAAGUAGCAUACAAAGACACAGAUUCGAACCAGUGUUUUGUUGCAGACCUUCGUGGGGAAACUUUGGAUGAGGAUCGAAAACGUCUACGACAAAUCAACAGUGGAAUUGUGAAAGGUUUUUAUAUUCCAACCUUGACAAUAGAAAAAGAGAUUACGAAUGCGACAGAAAUCCAUGAAAGAUUUGGGCAUCUUGUUCAUACAUUUUGCAAUGGAAGUGAUGUAUCUUAUGUAACAAGAAAAAGUUCUCAACUCAGCCGUAAGAAAAGAGACACUGCUUCAUCAGGAAAGAUUGGGGAUCGUGGUCAGUUCACUCAUCAUUCGUACGGACAUUAUGGUCAUCAAAGUAACAACUAUGCGCAUUAUGGUCAUGAAACUCAUAUAACAGGAGCCGUGGAUAAAGAUGGUAACCUGCGAACUCAAAAAAUCAGUGAUCAUCAGACUAGAUCAUAUGGUACUCAAACCUAUCCUCCUUCUGGAGCUGGCGAUAUGCGGCAAAGUCAAUCGACUGAUUCAAGAUCUACUUCUAGAGAUCCGUACCAACAGCUUCCAUCAUCGUCUCAGAAUGACUUAGCUGGAAAUAUGGGCCUUGGCAGUACCGGACAGUUCUCUUUGCAAACCGCGCAGGAAAGUGGCUAUCAACUUAAUCUUCCUUUCGGUCUCAAGGCUGGUAAUGCAUAUAGAGGAGGAAUACAUAGUCAGGGUCAAUAUGGUGUUGGUGGAGCAAGGCCGCAAAUACAGACAUCUCUCCAUAGAUACCCUGGUAGUCAAAUAACAGACACCGUAGGAGGUGUGGGUCCUGGUCACCAGGAAAGAGUUACGGGAGUCGUCCAACCAGGUGGAGGCCAAAUUUCCCCAGGAUUAACUCAUACUGGAUAUCCGAGUACUCUAGGCAUAGGAAGAGAUGGUUAUGGAAUUACCGAUCAAGGGAGAGGAACUGAUUCGUUGAGUCAACCUGGUCAACCAUCAAUUUUGCGCCCUGGUAUCGGUUCCCUGCAACCGGGAUCUGGAAUAUUAAGACCAGAUGGUUCCGUAAUUCCAGGCAUUGAUGGAUCUAUAAAAGAUAUUAGAAUAUCAGGUUUGCAACCAGGAAUUACUUCUCCCGGUCAACUACUUCCUGGCCAACGAAUAACACCAGGUGGAGAAAUUAUAACUGAUUCUGGAGUGACAUCACAGCAUAAAUAUCCUCCAUCAACUGAAUUCAGACCUGGCUCUUAUCCUAUCGGGCCCCCUGGUUCUAUAACCACGCUCCCUUCUGGAAUACAAGUAGAUCAGUCUGGAAGAGUAAUACCAGGUUUUCCUGGUUCUGUAUCCACAAGGCCGGGAGGAAUUCAAGUGGAUCAAUAUGGUAGAGUGAUACCAAGUUUUCCUGGUACUAUACCCUCGAGACCUGGGGGAAUUCAAGUUGAUCAGUCUGGUAGAGUAAUAACGGAUCACUCUGGCACAUAUCCUAUUGGUCCACCAAGUUCUAUAAGUACUAGACCAGAUGGUACUCAAGUAGAUCAGUUUGGUAGAGUAAUACCAAGUACUCCAGGAUCACAUCCUGCUGGUUUACCGGGUUCUGUGAGUACAAGACCUGAUGGUGCUCAAGUAGAUCAAUUUGGUAGAGUGAUACCAGGCUCAUAUCUUCCUGGUAUACCAGGUUCAAUAAGCACAAGACCAGAUGGCACUAAAGUAGAUCAAUUUGGUAGAGUCAUACCAGGCAUUCCAGGCUCAUAUCCUACUGGCACUCCAGGUUCGAUAAGUACAAGACCUGAUGGCACUCAAGUAGAUCAGUUCGGUCGAGUAAUACCAGGUAUUCCUGGUUCUAUAAGCACAAGACCAGAUGGCUCUCAAGUAGAUCAAUUUGGUCGAGUAAUACCAGGCAUUCCUGGUUCUAUAAGCACAAGACCAGAUGGCACUCAAGUAGAUCAAUUUGGUCGAGUAAUACCAGGCAUUCCUGGUUCUAUAAGCACAAGACCAGAUGGCACUCAAGUAGAUCAAUUUGGUCGAGUAAUACCAGGUAUUCCUGGUUCUAUAAGUACAGGACCAGAUGGCACUCAAGUAGAUCAAUUCGGUCGAGUAAUACCAGGUAUUCCUGGUUCUGUAAGCACAAGACCAGAUGGCACUCAAGUAGAUCAAUUCGGUAGAGUAAUACCAGGCAUACGGACAGAUGGAGGUAUUUCACAGGAUCUAACAGGAAGACUUCCAUCCCAAAUAUCAACAGGUACUCAAAUUUCUCCAGGCUAUUUGCCUGGAUACCCUGGUUAUAUAACCUCUGGAGAUACUACAUCACGUCAAGUCGUAGGAGAUGCAAGGCUCACUGAACAAGGCAGAGUGACUGGAAUUGAAGGAGACCGCUUACCGGUUCAAAUUCAGCCAGGGGAUUCUCUUCGAUUUGGUGGCGGGGAUUCUGCAUCCUCUCAAACUCAAAUUCAAACUGGUUCUGAAGGUACUGCCGCAGAAGCUUCAUCAGCUGGGCAGUAUAGAGGACUUGGCUCUCAGACUCAGGUUCAGGGGGGCUAUAAAGGAAAUGGCUCAUUUUCAGCUCAAGCUCAGUCUGGUUUUACAGGAGGCGUAACUCAGAGUCAAGUACAAGGAGGUAAACAAGGAGGAUUGUCAGGAUCAAGUGCAAUAGUUGAACAAGUAGGUUCCGCUCAAAGUCAAGUUCAAAUAGGUCAACCAAGUGGUGCUGCAAGUAGUUCGGCACAAGGUAGAUUUUCGAGUGGCUCGACCCAAGUGCAAGCACAAAGUAAUAGAUCAGGUGGAAGUGCAGGGGCAGAAUCUCAGUCAAGUGGCCUAAGUAGCAGCCAAGUGCAAGUAAAUAUUGGUGGGGACGAUGGACAACAACAAAAUGGUUUCCAAGGUACAGUUUCAGCUUCUGUUCAAGGAGGGUUGACAUCGGGUCAAUCACAGACACAGCUUCAAGGUGGUUAUAAUUCUGGAAGAACUUAUGUUGCCACAGCCCAAGGUGGAUUCGAUUCAACUCAAGGUUUCCAAAGCUCAAUACCUGGUUCAGGAUCCCUUCCCAUUCUCACUUCCCUCACAGGUACAUCUGGGGAUCAACAGCCUAUUCGGACUUCAGGAGUUAAUUUAAUUGGUACUGAUGGAACACCAGGAAGAAUACCAGGCGAAGGAAGACAGGGGCAAAUACCUGAUUUGAGUCAAUUACCAUCUACAUACCCAGGAAUACGUCAGCCUGAAGGUGGAACUGGAUUACCUGAUUCUCGAUACCAACCGGGCAUUUCACAAAUUCCUUUGACACCACAAGGCGUUUAUCAACCAUCUGAGUUGCGUCCGUCUUUGCCUGGCUCUUUACAACCUGGGUAUGAUUCACGCUAUCCAGAUUCAUCAGGAAGACCUGGUAUAUCUUUGCCUGACUCUUUACAACCUGGGUAUGAUUCACGCUAUCCAGAUUCAUCAGGAAGACCUGGUAUAUCUUUGCCUGGCUCUUUACAACCUGGGUAUGAUUCACGCUAUCCAGAUUCAUCAGGAAGACCUGGUAUAUCUUUGCCUGGCUCUUUACAACCUGGUUAUGAUUCACGCUAUCCAGAUUCAUCAGGAAGACCUGGUAUAUCCGAAUCAAGAUUGCAACCAGGAGCUAUACCCUCUGGACAUCUACCCAUUGAUGGUCGUAGACCUGGAUACCAGCCAGGAUCAAUUCAACAACCAUCGACAGGACUUCCAUCUUCAGUGCAAAUUUCUCCUCCUGGUAGAGGAUUGCAUCAGCCUGGUUAUCAACCUGGUUCUUUGCAACCACAAUCUCACAUAUCUACUAGAGUACCUUCAUCAGUGCAAAUUUCGCUUCCACGUCCAGGAGAACAACAAAUACCUUACCAGCCCGGAAGGAUUCAGCCGCCAUCCCAAAUAUUUACAGGAGUUCCUUCUUCUUUGCAAAUUUCUCAUCUACAUCCAGGCUUACAGCAACCUGGCUACCAACCCGGUUUGCUCCAACCACCAUCUCAGAUAUCUACUGGAAUACCUUCAUCAGUGCAAAUUUCACCUCAACGUCCAGGACUGCAACAGCCUGGCUACCAGCCCGGCUCACUCCAGCCACCAUCUACUGGUGUACCAUCAUCAGUACUUAUUUCGCCUCCACGUCCAGGAUUGCAACAACCUAGUUAUCAGCCCGGUUCAUUUCAAUUGCCUUCUACUGGAAUACCUUCAUCAGUUCAAAUCUCACCUCAACGUCCAGGACUGCAACAGCCUGGCUACCAGCCCGGCUCACUCCAACCUCCAUCUACUGGUGUACCAUCAUCAGUACUUAUUUCGCCUCCACAUCCAGGACUGCAACAACCUAGUUAUCAGCCCGGUUCAUUUGAACUGCCUUCUACGGGAAUACCAUCAUCGGUGUUGAUUUCGCCUUCACAUCCAGGAUUGCAGCAGCCUGGUUAUCGUCCUGGGUUUCCCCAACCACCAUCUCAUAUAUCUUCUGGACUACCUUCAUCGGUGCAAAUUUCGCCUCCACGUCCAGGGCUUCAACAGCCAGGCUAUCAACCGGGCUUAUUCCAACCACCAUCUGAAAUAUCUUCUGGAAUUCCUUCAUCAGUACAAAUUUCGCCUCCUCGUCCAGGAUUGCAACAACCUGGAUAUCAACCCGGUUUGUUCCAACCAGUAUCUCACAUACCAUCUGGAAUUCCCCCAUCAUUACCGGGACAACAAUUUGUCCCAGGAAUUCAUCGUCCUGGCAUUCUUACCUUGCCAUCCAAUGUAUCUAGGCCAGGGUUGCCAACCAGCCCACCAGGAGUGAGAGAGCCAGAUUUAACAGAUGAAAGUAGCUGUUGUGAAGCAUUACGAAACUUGAGAAGACGCUGUUGUGAUAGAUCAGAUGGAAAAAAUGGCAGAGCUGACUCUUCUUGUUGUUCGAGAUCAAAUAAAUUUGAUAAUGAUUUCGAUCUUGAUGAUGAUUCAGACGAAACUACGAAUGGCGAACCUUGUAAAGUAGUAAAGGCCAUUUGUUACAUUGUGUACAAGCCAGUGGGUAAAGCAAGAAUUUGUAAACCAACAAAAACUAAUGGUUGUUAAAGCAAACAAUCACUUUUUUUGACUUAGUAAGAUAAUGAUUUUUAAUAAUAUUUGUAAACCUAUCUUAAAUGUUUCAUCUUUUUAGAAUUCAUAAUUUUUUUCACAAUCUUUAUUUUAAAUAAAGUGUGUUAGAAUAAAA